CUGUCAUUGACAUAUGUAAUUUAUUGGUUAAAUACUACAAAUAAAUCUAUUAAGAAAAAUGAAUCUAAUUAAAAGAUCACUACAACUUAUUCCCUCUGUUCAGAACCUUUUACAGAAUCCCAUUAGAUUAAACUCAUUUUCCAGUGCGAUUUCUUUGAAAACCUUGUACCCCACUAGCAGUCUUCGUUUGACUCAUGUAUCGAAGGCCCCUGAAAUUGAAAAGGAGUUCAAUGGCUUUAUCCCAUUAGAAGAAUUGGAAAUAUCAUACAGCAGAAGUUCUGGACCUGGAGGUCAAAAUGUAAAUAAAGUCAACACAAAAACAGAAGUCCGUUUCAAAUUGGAUUCUGUCACUUGGUUGAGUAAUGAUAUUAAAACAAAAUUACUGGAAAAGUGUAAAAAUCAAAUAACCAAAGAGGGUUAUUUGAUAUUUCGAUCAGACUUGACAAGAUAUCAGCAAAUGAACUUGGCCGAUUGCUUGGAGAAAAUAAGGACCUUGAUAAGAAACUCUACAAAAGUAGAAGCUGCUCCGUCUUUAGAAACGAUUGAUAGAAUUCGGAUAAGACACGAGAAGAGUAAUAGAGAAAGAUUGGCAAUUAAAAGAAUGCGUUCUCAAAUUAAAAAUGAUAGAAGUCAGAAUAUUAUUGUUGAAUAAAACUUAGAACAGUU